GAAAAGGUGCGCAACUUUGGAAAUGCUUAAGGCUGUCUUGUUGGAGGAGAGUGUCUUUGAUGAACCCACGGAAGAUGAAGUGAUGUUGUAUGCUGAAAGUUUGGGAAUCGAUGUUGAAAAGGAGCAAGACUUGCUUUAUAUCGCUAAGGAAGGGAUUUCUGCACAUUUACCGACUGGCUGGCAAGUUCUUAAGGAUGAAAAUAACCAAAUAUUCUAUUAUGACAGUGCAUCUGGUAUUAGUUUAUGGGAGCAUCCAUUAGAUAGAUACUUUCGAGAUUGUGUUGCUAAAGCUCGUCAAAAGAAACAAGAUGCCAUUGAUACAACAAGUAGUUCUGGCAAAAUCGCUCAUGAUAAAUCUGUGGAAACUGGUUGCGUCGUGUCAAAUGGUUUAAUGCGCCCGCAUUCGAAAUCAUCCAUAAACAACAAAGAGGUAGCAAGAGGAUAUACACCAACCCAUUCUGAUCCUCAUGAAGGCAAGCUGAAUACAAAUAAUUCCAAAGAACUCGUAGAAAAGCACGAAAGCGAUAAUCAACUCUCGACCAGUGCUCUUGCAGAACCUCGCUUUCAAUGUCCAGUUGUUACUACUAGAAACGAUGAUCAUCUGCCAGUUACAGAUGAUCCUACUGAAUAUCUUGAGAUAAAAUUAUCCAAAAAUAAGAUACAUGAGAAAGCACUUGUUAAUAAUCAUGAGAAACUUCAACGAUCCUCUCGUAAAGACCAUCUUUCAUCAGAAGGUUUUAAAUAUUGGUCAGAAAUGUACAAAGAAAAUCUUCGUCAAGCAGAUGAAAACCUAACUGUAUUACAGUCAAAAAUAAGAGAAUCCUUGUUACUAACUAGCAGUCAUAAAAAAACCAACUCAAAUCUCUGCAGUAAUGCAACACCAAAUUCACUCACUAAAUACAAUCCUACGACAAUAACGAAGAAUUCACAUAUUAUAACAAUCAAACAUAUUGUAAACGAUUAGAGGCAUUUUCUAGUCCUGUGAAAAAAAUUGAAAAUACAUUUAAUGAAGAUAUACUAUGCCCUGAAGUUGGUAUAUCUCCAACUGCUGUCAUUCAAACAGAGUCGUCUAAUAGAAAUGAUAAAUAUAUUGGCCAUGGUGUAUCGUCUUUAGAUGCCAAUUCAAAAUUAUCUUCAUCUAUACUUCCUGAAAAUAUGAAAAAUUCUACAUAUCAGCUCACUCCAGGUAGAACGUGUUUAACGGAACAAAAUGGCAGUGUAGAAAAAUCGACUGAUGGAAUUCAAGUGGAUCAAAGUAAUAUGAAGUCGAAGCCCAAUAAAAGCUUGAUUAAUUUAUCAGAAUGUAUUAGUCAUUUGGUUGAAGAACGUUCUCGUGUACAAGGCAAAUUGUUUCGUCUUAAGUUACUUUAUAAAACUUACAAACGACGUCUAGACAAUUUAGAUGCCAGUUUAUCAGCAUUACAAGAGCAGACUAACACAGAACAACCAUCUUCUAAUGUUUUACCAAUCUCUAAAACAGACAAACAAAAUAUUAAUACUAAAAAUAUCCAAGAGAAAAGAAAUUCAUCAGUGUUUACAAAUUUAACGAAUGAAAACGAUACAAAUAUUCCAUUACUACCUCAGGAUUCAAUUGUCACUACAUGUAUUAAUGAUUUAAAUGAAUCUGUUAAUAAUAGAUUACAUUCUCGUUUAUCUUAUUGUCAUCAUUAUCAUCAAAAUCCUAAUGUUUCACGCGUAAAACGUUCAGUGUCAGUGCCUCGUUCUCCAAUUUCAUGUAAUUAUCUCAGAAAUUCAAAUAAUCCACAUAUAUCAUCUCAUCAUUUACAUGAUAGUACUUCAGUUUCACGUGAUCUAGCAGUAUCAUUAGCUUCGAUCGAUGUACAAUUGCAUAAUGUUUUGAAACGUCUUGAUUCAAAUACUGAUGAAAGUCUUCAAUCACAUAUAAAUCAUUACAUACAAAAUCAUUAUCCUAUUUCUACUGUAACUGAUGAACAACACCACUGUUCUAAUGAUGAUACAAAUGUUAUACAUAUUCAACGUUGUUUAGAAAAUAUAAAUUUAAGUAAUGAACCAUUACUUGAAGGUGGUUGUAGUGGUGGUAGUUGUAUAUCAAAUAAUUUAACUUGUUCACCUUCAUGUAGUUGCAAUAAAACUCCAUCUCUGUCUCAUAGAACAAUGGAUUUAUUGCAUUCACCAAUCAACUGUUCACCGAAUUCAAAUUUAGAUUUAAUAUCAAAUAAACGCAACAGUAUUUGUACAUCAAGGCUCUUCAAACCUACUACUCACAAAACUGUUAAAUCAGUACUAUAGGACAGCAUUGAUCAAUGUCAACACAAUUUGUGCACCUAAUUCAUCACACGUAUGAAUCUCCAUUUUCAAUCCUUAUAUAUAUGACCUUUUUAUUAAUGUUAUAUUAUUUGUGCUUUUACCCAAGACUAUUUUUGUAUACCAAUCUCUUUUUUAGUGUACCCUAUAUUUUUAUUAAAUUUUAUAACUCAUAAGUAAAUAAAUAUAUUUAUUUGGUU